CCAUCUCUCAGCGUGCACGUCUCACAAAAAUCGCUUGGAUUAUUCUCAUUUUUACCCUUAUUCUGGAACAAUAUCAUCAAAAUGACACUCGGAGAAGUUAGCGACCAUCAAAGUGAAUACAUAGGAAACAUGAAUAAGUUAUCGCUGGCGCUGAAGGACUCGCUUCAGAUUGCCCAGGAGCAGGGACGCGUGACCUGCGGCAUCUAUGCGACCGCCAACAUGUUAGAGGCGUGUCCCGACCAUGUGAUGUUCUGUGUGCUGCCCGUUACAAGCUGUGGAGUGGUAGAGAAGGACCUGCAGUGUACGCUCAUUGAAGCAUUCUGUUCAGAGAAUGAUGUCAGGUUGAUAAAGGUUGACAGCUCAGAGCGCUUGGCAAAACUGCUCGGAGAAAAGAAGAAACCGGUCAACGAUAAUGACUUUGCUGCCGGAAGACGGGGAUCCACAAGCACAUUGGACUUCAACUGCGUCUUAGUACAGUACCCAGAAGAUGGUGAUGUCAGCGACAUGGAGAAAAUGAUCCUGUACUAUUACAAGACGUGCGAUGAGGAGGAACCCCAUCCAUACAUCCCACUGCCGGCAUGACCAUUACAAGACUUGUAUCAAGCAGCAUAUCAUGGAGAGGGAAUGUAAGCCCUUGUAUAUACACACACAUAUAAGUGCGAUAGAUAUCGUAAUGUGCUCACUGUAAGUCAAUAUGCAGUGGGAAAAAAGCAAAAAAAUUGCAUGAUGCAAAAAUGCAAUGAUAUUGCCUUGUUCAAGACGGUUCAAGUUUUGGAGUUGAGUGGAUCUAAAGAUUCUUCGGAUGAUAAUGGAUGAUAUUUGAGUAUCCUGACUGAAUGGACAACCUAUUAGGUCUUGGACUGAAUGGAUCAUUUUCAUUUGUCCGAAGGAAGGUCACCAGCUUCUUCAUAUUACUUGCCGUCAGUCGCACGAUUUGAGUCGCUGUCACGUGAUGGAUUGAUUGAUUUAGGAAAGUGCGGGCGUUAGGAGUGAUGUCAGCAGAUCAUGUAGAUGUUGUAUAACUCCUGAUCCCUGUGACAGCUGACUGGAAAUGAUAGACAGGGAUGUUGUGAAGGCAGACUGAACACUGAGGAGAGAACUUUGAGUGGACAGUACACUCAAUCAUUGAGGACUUUGACCUGUGGUCAUAUGGCAUUGAGUGUGGCAUUGAAAGUUCUGAGGAGUUUUUGGGGUCGGCAUUUAUUGUUUGUAAGGCUACGACUUCACUUUGUAGAGUUGAGUUGUUUGAUCAUAUUGCAUUGUGAUUAAGUUCUAUUGCAUCAGCUUGUUGUACUGUUGGCCACAAGCAUUAUGCCUCGGACCCUUGGUUUGCAUGAACUUUGCUGGCAUUUGAAAUACAAGUAAUCAAGUAGCCAAGUAUUGCAUCAGUUGGAAAGUGUAUGUUGACCCCUGGUUUGGUGGUAAGACCAAUCGGAAUGAUGGGUAUUUCAAAGUAGGCAUACUUGUGGCAAGACCCGUUUUACCUGGAAGGGGGUCAGCAUGAGUGAUUUCUGGGCCAUGAAAGUCACAUCUUGACCCUGUUGUGGGUCAUUAGUGUACGACUGUGACUGGCAUUUGAGGUCAUCAGUUGGAAGUGUCAAAAGUACAGUAAUCUAUAUUAGAUUGGCAUUGACAUUGAUAGCCUACACUUUGGACUGGACCUAAUGGCCACCAGCCAACUCAUGUGACCAGAAGCUUCUGCCGACCUAAAUGUUAAUGAGGUUCCUGGAACUCAUUUGCAUAAAGGUAAUUUGAAUAUGAUUGACAGUUGUGUAGGGAUUUCCUGACCUGGUUAGCAGAUUUGAUAACGGUUAUGAAAAUGAUUACCAAACCAGGGAAGAAUUGUUAUUUUCUUGGUAUUGAAUUGUAGUGUGGGUCGGGUCAUAUGUAAUUCACCUUACUAUUCAUGUGACUUGAUUCACCCAGGACGUCUGGUGGUGACCUGUGAUUGGCCAUGUAUUGGUAGUAUCGAUGGUGUACGUCUCAAAUCAUAAGAACAACAUGCCAGUGUCCAUUCAGAAAGAAAGGAGAAAAUAGCAAGUUUGUUGUGAUGAAAAUGUGAUGCAUAUUGAAUGUGACUUGCACCUUGCUAACAUAAAAUCAGUGUACGACGCAGUUCACAAAUGCUUUGAUAUUUUCAUGACAACAACAUUGGCUUAGUGAGGAACACUUUGAACUUAUUGAUUAUUAUCAAUCGUGUAACCAUGGUUACUACCAUGGUUACAGUUCAAUGCAGACAUUGUUAUUAAAACUUGGAAUGUUUAUCUCCGCUCGCUCUCAUCUCGAGGUCAGAUGUCGAGAUGUGAGUUUCAACAUGAAAGAGCAGUGGAUGAUUGUUUUAUGUCAUGUUUACUUGUUGAUGAUAACGUUUAUUGAUUUUAUGUGAAUGAAGUCUGUAUCUUUAUAAGAGUUUAUUAGGUUUGAUAAAACCAUGGUAACCAUGUAAGCUAUUGGUGACCUAACUGGUUAAGUAGUGGUGACGUGUAAACACCAGUCUUUCCCCAUAAGAUAUCACUUGUAGACACAGUGUUUAGACAUGCUCGAGUGUAGACUAGUUCAUGCCUCUGUUGUCUUUCUCUUGAACAUUUUAAUAGAACCCAAGCUUUCUUCAUCAUCUCUCUGAAAGUGCAGGAUGGUCAUUUUAAAAAUUUCACCAAUUUUACAUGUGAAAUUGUGAAAUUCGAUCAACUUUUUUAUGUUGAAAAUAUUUAUGUUCGAAGUUUGCCAUAGCAUUUUGUCUUUGUGUUGAUGAAAGAGUUAAAAAGUGUCAUUUUAGCAAUGUGUGAUUAGUGACUCUUUGUUACCAGGGCUAGCUACUUAGGUCUUUUUGGGAACCUAUGACGUUUGAAGUGAUAGGUUUUUGGGCCUAUGCAACAAACAUGAUGAAUGACAAAUUCUUGUUAGUCUUAUCGUACAUUUAGGAUACUGCACUUGAGUGCAUUGUGAGGAAUGGGUGCACUGUCAAGGAUGGGCCUAAUCAAGUCAAGUGUGUGACGUAAAUUAUGAAUGGGACAUCUGUCCUCAAACUUUGCCCACACAGUUCAUUUCCGCAGAGCAUCUUGUUUGCAUCUGAUUUAUUUGCAUGUAUUUAUUUUAUUUAUUUCAUGAACGUAUGUAACCAUAUGUGAAUGAUUUAUAUCACACGAAAGCCUGUUGAGCAGGUGCAUAGACUGUGAGGGGUGCCCCUUGCUGGUAGCAUUGUGAACUUAAUUGAGACUUUAAAACAUGUUCUUUUUAUAGAUUGUAAAGAUGCAUUUCUGUUUGGGAGCUCGGGUGGGUGAGCUCCAACCUUACUGUGAGCUCGCUUUGACAAUUCAUGUCUAAAUUGGUACUGUAAAGAACAGGUUUUAAAGCAGGGGGUGGGCCGAGCAGUGUAUCACAAGGCAUUGUGUUUUCCUUUCAUCACAAACAUGAUAUCAAAACCUAACCAAUUGAUGAAAUGAACUUAUUGUAACUUGCCAUUUAGCUUGAAGACAUUGGGAUUGCUUAGAGUAAGUCAACAAGUUCAAUUUCCCUCAGUUGAUGGUAGUAUUAGACUGAGGUCGGUAAAAUUUAACGAGAUAAAGUUCAGUUAGUUAAGAUAUUGUUUUCUGCACAAUGCCCUGUGAAGGUCACAUGAACAACACACUGGUUGUGUUAUUGUUUGUAUUUAUAUACUUUAAUAUUAUCUGUUCCCUUGUAGAUAAACUGUAAGGUUUGUUACUGGAGUUUGUAUCUAGAAUCAUUGGUUCAGUAUAAAGAAGGGUAAAUCAUGAUUUAUCAGUGAAGAAUAAAAGAAAAAUACAGAA